UUAGAUGCAAAACUGAUCGAGUCAUUGUGAGACGCUACAGAAUCGAUUCAAAUUCCUGAUCAGUUUCCUUUGUGAAUCAAUCCCUCCGCGCGGCCAUGAAUCGGCUCCUCUGUACACUCUUCCUCCUGUUCGUCCAUGCUUCGGACAAGAAGACUUGGGGGAACAAAGAGGAAGACGACUUCCUGAAGGAUUGCCGGACCACGAGAUGUGGAGGAAUAACUGUGAGAUACCCCUUCCGCCUAAAAUCCAGUCCUCCUUAUUGUGGCGUUCAAGGCUUGGAGCUUUCGUGUUCUGGCGGUGACGCCAUCCUCUCACUUCCCCCGUUAGGACUCUGCACGGUGAUCUCCAUCGACUACUAUUAUGGCGAAAUCAGAAUCAAGUUGGGAGAGUCGUGGUCUCCGUGCCCACUGCAAAAGCUCAGUUCCAUCGACCUCACCGGCAGCCCAUUUUACGAAACUUAUUUGCAAGCUCUUAUUUUCGUGAAUUGCUCAGGAAAAUUUACACCAGAUCCGGCGUGGAUCACCGGACCGAUCCCGUGCCUUGGCAAUGGAAGUCACUACGUUUAUGCAGCGGAUUCUUCCGAGCCUAUGGGCGAUCUUCCUUCUGUUUGCAUGGUGACUUCUUCAACCGAUGGCUGGAUCCCUUACGAUUCUGGAUCAUGGGAAGAAAAUGUGCAGAAAUUCAUCCGAACGCAAGAAAUGAAUCUUCGAAUUUCUGUGCCAGAGACCCGUAUAUGCAGAGAAUGUGAAGAAGCAAGAAAGCCCUGUGGAUUCAACCGCACCGGAAACCAAACCUACUGUAUAACCCGGCAUCACGGUUCAAACAUUAAGAUUAUUAUUGUAGGCACUUGUACCGCUGGAUUUGUUCUAGUUUUGUUGCCAGCACUCAUUCUAUUCUACGUUCGAAGGAAAUCUACAAAAGAAGAAGAAACACGUUUGAAGGUUGAAAAUUUUCUAGCAACAUAUGGUGAUGCAAAACCAACACGAUACACUUUCGCUGAUGUUAAGAAGAUCACCAGAAGGUUCAAGGAUAGGCUGGGGCAAGGGGGAUAUGGCAGUGUGUACAAAGGCGAACUACCGAAUGGAAUCCCUGUAGCAGUUAAGAUGCUGGAGAGAUCUAAAGGGGAGGGCGAAGAGUUCAUCAACGAGGUAGCAACCAUCGGAAGAAUUCACCAUGUCAAUAUCGUCCGCCUCCUGGGAUUCUGCUCCGAGAGAUCAAGUCGCGCUCUCAUCUAUGAAUUCAUGCCCAAUGAGUCCUUGGAGAAGUACAUUUUCUCAAGAGAAGCUAGUGGAGCCGAUAAACCACCUCUGAACAUGGAGAAGUUGCUCAACAUCGCUAUACGCGUUGCCCGGGGCAUCGAGUACUUACACCAGGGAUGCGAGCAACGCAUUCUUCAUUUCGACAUCAAGCCCCACAACGUUCUCUUGGAUCAUGAAUUCAAUCCAAAGAUCUCAGACUUUGGUCUUGCAAAGCUUUGCUCGAGGGAGCAGAGCAUUGUGACCAUGACCGCUGCGAGAGGCACCAUGGGCUACAUCGCGCCGGAGAUGUACUCCAGAAACUUUGGAACGGUCUCUUACAAAUCCGACGUCUACAGUUUUGGCAUGCUGGUCUUGGAAAUGGUAGGAGGUAGGAAGAAUCAUGACCCUGAGAUCGGAAAGCAGAACGAAAUCUAUUUUCCGGAAUGGGUAUAUGACCGACUAGUUCACAGGCAGGAUCUGGGAUUGGCGAUGGAGAUGGAGGGAGAAGAAGAAGAAAUCGUGAAGAAACUUGCUAUUGUGGCUCUGUGGUGCAUUCAAUGGAGUCCAACUGAUCGGCCUUCCAUGACUAGAGUACUUCAGAUGCUGACAGGAACCUUGCAAAGCUUGCAGAUGCCUCCAAAACCUUUUGUGUCCUCACUUGAUCAUGUCUAAUAUUGGCUUAGAAAUGUUCCUAGCCAUCACUCAUGACAGCUAUUGUUAUCUUUUUAAUUGUUAUCCAAUGCUAUUCUUGUU